AUGCGGCUACCUGAGGGUGCCACCAAUGGUGCCACACGUGCCGUAUUGCUGUGGGAUGCCGACUACGACCGCGGUCCCGCUGUGUCCAAAAGCUACGCGCCCGCGCAGGCACCCAAAGCCCCUCGGAGUUCAGCCGAGCUUUGGGAGCCCAAACGUGAGGUGAAUGGCAAAAAGAAGGACGAGCCCAAGGUGCACUAUGGAUUUUUGUGGGUGAUUGGCAACUCAGAUUGA